CCUGGUGGUGAGGGGUGUUGUCAGGAUGUGCUUGGCAGGUGGGUGGGGCCAGAAUGAACCAAGUGCCUCUCCACACAGUCAGCAAUGCAGACGUGAAGGGAGAGCGGCCGGGCCGCCAGCCUUUUCCCCCCACCCCGUCUCUCUGCUCACAGGAUGGACCCCACAGCUUACGCUGAGCUGUUGAAAGAAUCUGGCAACCAAGUUCUUAAGAACGGGAACUUCUCUCUGGCCAUCAGAAAGUAUGAUGAGGCCAUCCAGAUUCUCCUGCAGUUAUAUCCGUGGGGGGUUCCCCCCAGGGAGCUGGCCGUCCUGCUGUGCAACAAAUCCAGUGCAUUUUACAGCCUCGGGAAAUGGAAUGAGGCCUUUGUGGCGGCCAAGGAAUGUCUCCAGUGGGAUCCAACCUACGUGAAGGGAUACUACCGGGCUGGUUACUCCUUGCUGAGGUUGCUUCAGCCUUACGAAGCUGCUCGAAUGUUUUUCGAGGGUCUGCGACUUCUCCAGGGCAGCCCGGACCAGAUCCAGAUUGCUGAUUUCCUUGUGGGAGUCUUUACCACUAUGGGCAGCGACCCCAUUGUUUUGCAAAGUUUCUUGCCCUGUUUCGAUCAUAUUUUUACUACUGGAUUCUCAACAGAAGUGUGGCAAUCUGUAAUAGAAAAGUUGGCAAAGAAAGGAUUAUGGCACUCGUUCCUACUUCUGUCAGUGAGAAAGGACCGGCUACCCCGAAAUAUCCAUGUCCCAGAGUUAUCACUGAAGAGUCUCUUUGAGAAAUAUGUCUUCAUUGGGCUUUACGAGAAUAUGGAACAGGUGCCCAAGCUAGUGCAGUGGCUCGUCUCCAUCGGUGCGAGUAUCGAGACGAUAGGACCAUACCCUCUUCAUGCCCUCAUGCGGCUCUGUAUCCAAGCAAAGGAAAACCAUCUUUUCAGGUGGUUGAUGGACCACAAGCCCGAGUGGAAAGGCCGCAUCAACCAGAAGGACGGGGAUGGUUGCACUGUUCUCCACAUCGUUGCCGCGGCUCACUACCCAGGAUACCUCAUCAAACGUAAGUGGCGACACCAGGCUGGAGGGGGUGCUGUGGGCUGGAUGACCUCAGGCGUUAGAGAGCCUGACCACACGUUUUUACCCUUUUCCUCCUGGGAUGGGCUCAAGAGGGCUAAACCUUUUGUCGACCUAAGCAUGACUGGGAGGGCAGGCUAUAUGCAGGAAAGAUGCGGGUCAAGGGAAGGAAGAUGGGCUGGGGUCCCCAUGCUCUUUUGGCUUCGAUGGCUUCUGUGGGGUUGAAUGUCUCCGGGAUAUGGGCCUCUGGCUGCCCUGUUCCUUCCCUCAUCACACAGUUACUAUAAGCGCUUUAUUUUAUGCCAAAUCUACGCUAACGAGCCAGACCACAGAAGUGGUCCUGCUUCCUGGCCACUUAGAAUCGAACGCGGGGAUCGCAUCCUCCAUACCUGCCAAGGCCAGACAGGUCACGAGGAAGAGUGAGGCUGGUGCAUGCAAGGAUGAAGUUGGUUCUUUUUUUUUUUUUAAUGUACUUUUUUAAUGUUUAUUUUUGAGACAGAGACAGAGCACGAACGAGGGAGGGCGGGGCAGAGAGAGACACACACACACAGAAUCCGUAACAGGCUCCAGGCUCUGAGCUGUCAGCACAGAGACCGAUGCGGGGCUCGAACCCAUGAACAGUGAGAUCAUGACCUGAGCCGAAGUCGGACACUCAACCGACUGAGCCACCCAGGUGCCCCCUGGAAAGAUAGAUUUUUAAAAAAAUAAGACAACUCAAGAUUAUAAAAUGUCUGCUCAAAAUUAAACGUGCCUGUGGACUAGACGCAGCCUGGAGGGCUCUGGUUGGGGACGUCCCGGGCACUUGUAGUCUUUUUUCCUCAACGUGUCCCAGGGAAGCCCAGCGAGGAUUGUUUCUCUAAUGUCAUCCCCAAAGAACUGCGUCCCAGGAACCCACAUCUGGGGAAACGGAGAAAGGGUGUGCUACAGAUACUGUUUGGAGCUUUAUUGAAAUAUAAUUCAGGUGCCAUAUAAUUCUCCUGUUUCAAGGGUCCGAUUCCCUGUUUUUAGCACAUUCACAGUGUUAUGCAACCGUCACCACGAUCAGUUAUAAAACAUUCUCAUCGUCUCCAAAAGAAACCGCGGAUCCAUCAGCAGUCAUUUUCUAUUUCUCCCUACCUCUCCAGCCCUAAGCAACCACUAACCUACUUUCUGUGCCCGUGGACUUCCCUCUUCCGGACAUCUCAUACAAAUGGAAUCAUACAGUCUCGUGACUGGCUUCUGUCACUGAGCAUGCUCUCGAUGUUCACCUUGUAGCAUGUAUCAGGACUUCAUUCCUUAUUAUUGCCAAAUAAUACCCCGUUGUGUAGGUAAACCACAUCUUAUUUACCCAUUCAUCAGUGGAUGGGCCCGUGUCUUGUUUCCACCCUUCGGCUAUUACGAAUAAUGCUGCUAUGAACUUUUGUGUAUGUGUUUUUGUGUUGGAAUAUAUUUCCAUUUUUCUUAGGUAGAUACCUAGGAGUGGUAUUGCCAGACCAUACGGUAACCAUGUUGAAUCCCUUCAGGAACUGCCACACUGUUUUCCAAAGUGGCUACACCAUUUUAUACUCCCACCAGUAACACACAAAAGUUCUCAUUUUUCUAAAUCCUUGCCGGCACUUGUUAUUGUCUUUUUUGGUGUCCUGUGUAUUUUACUACCUUCUUCUCUUGUCCAGAUCCAGUCCUAUGCUUCCCCAGCCUCCCUUUCUCUUCUCUUUGUCUCUCUGCAGAAGGGGAUCCCUCCCCUCUGUUCCUCUGCCGCCCAUUGUAUCUCUCCCAGUUUGCAGUCACGCACCUAUGGUCCACCAAUUUGUCCUGGUAGGUCCCUGGAGGCAUCUCUGUCACUUUGCUACCCGGGGUCUUGCAGUUCAAAGUCCUUUGGACUCAACACUGCUGUGUUCGAGAGACGAGGGAACUUCGGAUCCACCUACUUCUCCGCCAUGUAGGAUUACUUCCUAUUUUAGUACCUUCUUAAAGGCAAUGGUAUCCUGGAAAAUGUUUGACAAGUGGGUUCUUCAGAAGGAAAAGCCCUGAAUUGUGAUGUUUGCCAAUUUUCUUGGUGUAAAUACACCAAGACUUGGUGCCCCGAGUUUUGUUUUUAAUGUAACCUAUUUAUCGUAAGUUUAUUUAUUUAUUUUUAUAAGUAUGUUUUUUUUUUUAAAUUUUUAAAAUUUAUUUAUUUUUGAGACAGAGAGAGACAGAGCAUGAAUGGGGGAGGGUCAGAGAGAGGGAGACACAGAAUCUGAAACAGGCUCCAGGCUCUGAGCUGUCAGCACAGAGCCCGACGCGGGGCUCGAACUCACGUACCGCAAGAUUGUGACCUGGGCUGAAGUCAGCCGCCCAACCGACUGAGCCACCCAGGCGCCCCUAUUUAUUGUAAGUUUAAAUGACUAUGUUGAUCAACCAUCUUGUAGCAUUUCUAGACAUUCGACUACUGGCCCUUGUGGACUAGGGUGAUCUGGUUCCAGCUAAUGAUAAUUACCCUGGUAAUUUAUGGUUAACGUCUGUGUCUCCAAUCACUGUGCUCUCCUUACACAUCCCUACUCUGAAAAUGCCCCCCCCCCCCAAAAGUAUUUCCAGACAGGACUUUUCAGUUUGCAAAGAAACACAGCUCCAAGUCUCCUGGAAUCCAGGUGGUUUGCGCAGUGUGGGGUAUUUUACAUGCAUGGAGCGCCUCGGGUGCCAACUCUCUGCAUUGAUAACUUGGCAAGCAUUUCCUUUCCUGGGACUUAUACAAGGACUGUCCAGUACAAGCAUAAUGAGAGCCACAUAUAACAUUUUAAAUUUUCUGGUAGUCAUAUGAAAAAGUAAAGGCAAAAGAAGUGAAACUAAUUUUCGUCAUGUAUGUUAUUUAACCCAUCUAUCCGACGUGCGUUAUCCAAUAGAUGUUAUUUAGCCCAUCCAAUAUAUGUUUAUAUAUAUUUAGCCUAUGUAUUUAGCCAAUAUAUAUAGCCUAUAUAUAUAUAGGCCUGUAUACUUAGCCUAUCCAAUAGAUGUUAUUUAGCCCAUCCAAUAUAUGUUUAUAUAUAUUUCCCUAUGUAUUUAGCCAAUAUGUAUAGCCUAUAUAUAUAUAGGCCAGUAUAUUUAGCCUAUCCAAUAGAUGUUAUUUAGCCCAUCCAAUAU